UUAUAUUUUGCGCUCUGCGCACACUCAUAAAGUUACUUACUUCCGGUAUUGGAUUUCCGGACAUUUAUCUAACAACAUCGGCUUAAAGAUGCAGAAAGAAGAGAAACAGCUGGAGCUUGCAUUAGAUGCACUUAUACAGAGAGUGCAGGACUUGAAAAACUCUCUGGUUGCUUUUUUAUCCAAGCUGGAAAAUGAGUACCAAACAAUGAGCUGGCCUUCAGUACUAGAUAACUUUGCCCUAUUGUCGGGACAGUUGAAUUCCCUUGGAAAGCUUCUGAAGAGUGAAAAGGUGCCAAUCCUUAGAAACCAGAUCCUGCUGCCCCUGGCCCUGUCCCCAGACAGGGACCAAGAACUUGAGAAACUAACAGAGAGGAGAGUGUUUGCAUUCAACCAUGAAGUUGUACCAGACUACUUGCGAACCAAGCCAGAACCUGACGUUGAGAAAAAGAUCCAGGAGUCCAGUGUCAGAGCCACUAUCAACACACCUGAUGUUGCUCAGAAACAACUGAACGCCAUGAACAAGGUGACCAGUAAUAUCCUGGACAUCAUUAACUCACACAGAGACGACAUGGAGAGUGAUGCCAACCAGAAGUCGAGCUUGGCUCAGACUUCCUCUAUGUCCGACACCAAUGCUCUCAUAGCGGUCACCAUGUUUGGUAAGGGACUCAAGUCACUACGGCGAGACUCCAGCCAAUCACAGCCCAUUAUACAACAACAAACACAACAGCCAAAGACCCAAGUGAGUACAGGCAAAGCUCCUAGUGCAGUUAAAACCAACAUCAAGGCAGCUGCUGGUACACAUCCAUACCAAAGGCCUUGAGCUCCAUACCUGAUAAACAGUUACUUUUGUCUGUCCUGAUAAUCUUAAACAAAACAGUGUUGAAGUAGUCCACGUCUGUACCAACUGCUUUGAAAAAGGAAGUGGAAGCUCACAUUUUUUCAGCAGUGACAGUGAACAAGCAAGAGUUUGCUGGUACCUUCACUAGUGACUUUGAACCAGGAACGAUUAGUUCACAUGAUAACAUCUUGACCUUGAACAAAGAAAGUUCACCUGCUGCCAUGUCAGACACAUUGAACAAAGCAAACAAUUAAUGACUGUUUGUAGCUUUUCUAAUUUGGUACACUUAUGGAACAUAUUAUGAAACUAUCGUGCAUUAAUAUUAGAUCUCGGUCUGAAUGACAAUACCGUUACACACAUUUUGGACUGGGGCUGUGCUGUGCUGGGCUAGUAUCUGACUGGCUAACAUUGAUGUCGCACACGAGGUUCAUGUUAUUUUGUAUGCAUUUUUUUCGUACAUUCAGUCAGAUAUUGGUGGCAUGUAAAUUUCACUAAAUUGUUGCAUUAUGGGAAACCUGCCUUUGUUUUUGGGUAAGGAUAAGAUGACAAUGAUUACUGAGUCAUAGUAGGUUGUAACUUCAAUAAUUAAGUCACCAAAUUGUAUAUAGUUAAAAUAUUGACAGGUCAUGAAAUCCUGUUACAUGUAUCAUAAAAAAAAGUGCUGAAAAUAUACAGAUACUUAUGUAUGUUCACAAACGGAAUACAUUGGUUUGGUUGUAGAGAAAUUUCUUUCUCCUCUUAUAUCUUUGUUGGGACAUUUUCAUGUAUGGAGCAGUUUCUAAUUUUGAUAACGGCCCAUUUGUUUUGUGUAUGUGCUCCGAUCAGUGUAAAUGAAGAAUUAAUGAUUGUGUAAGUGUUGUGUACCAUUACCGUGGUAAUUGGAACCUAUCCUUUCUUUGGAGUAGAAAAGAGGUUAUAUAAUACUGAAUC